AUGGACAGAGUGCAGAAUGAGGACGAGGACACAGUGCAGGAUAAGGACGAGGACAGAGCGCAGGAUAAGGACGAGGACAGAGGGCAGGAUAAGGACGAGGACAGAGUGCAGGAUAAGGACGAGGACAGAAUGCAGGAUAAGGACGAGGACAGAGUGCAGGAUGAGGACGAGGACAGAGUGCAGGAUAAGGACGAGGACAGAUGGCAGGAUAAGGACGAGGACAGAGUGCAGGAUGAGGAUGAGGACAGAGUGCAGGAUGAGGAUGAGGACAGAGUGCAGAAUGAGGAUGAGGACAGAGUGCAGAAUGAGGACGAGGACAGAGCGCAGGAUAAGGACGAGGACAGAGUGCAGAAUGAGGACGAGGACAGAGUGCAGGAUGAGGACGAGGACAGAGUGCAGGAUGAGGACAUGGACAGAGGGCAGGAUAAGGACGAGGACAGAGUGCAGGAUGAGGACGAGGACAGAGUGCAGGAUGAGGACAGAGGGCAGGAUAAGGAUGAGGACAGAGUGCAGAAUGAGGACAAGGACAGAGGGCAGGAUAAGGACGAGGACAGAGUGCAGGAUGAGGACAUGGACAGAGGGCAGGAUAAGGACGAAGACAGAGUGCAGAAUGAGGAUGAGGACAGAGUGCAGAAUGAGGACGAGGACAGAGUGCAGGAUAAGGACGAGGACAGAGUGCAGGAUAAGGAUGAGGACAGAGGGCAGGAUAAGGACGAGGACAGAGGGCAGGAUAAGGACGAGGACAGAGUGCAGGAUAAGGACGAGGACAGAACGCAGGAUAAGGACGAGGACAGAGUGCAGGAUAAGGACGAGGACAGAGUGCAGAAUGAGGACGAGGACAGAGCGCAGGAUAAGGACGAGGACAGAGUGCAGAAUGAGGACGAGGACAGAGCGCAGGAUAAGGACGAGGACAGAGCGCAGGAUAAGGACGAGGACAGAGUGCAGAAUGAGGACGAGGACAGAAUGCAGGAUAAGGACGAGGACAGAGGGCAGGAUAAGGACGAGGACAGAGUGCAGGAUAAGGACGAGGACAGAGUGCAGAAUGAGAACGAGGACAGAAAUAAGGACGAGGACAGAGUGCAGGAUAAGGACAGAGGGCAGGAUAAGGACGAGGACAGAGUGCAGAAUGAGGACGAGGACAGAGUGCAGAAUGAGGACGAGGACAGAGUGCAGGAUAAGGACGAGGACAGAGUGCAGAAUGAGGACGAGGACAGAGUGCAGAAUGAGGAUGAGGACAGGGUGCAGGAUAAGGACGAGGACAGAGUGCAGGAUAAGGACGAGGACAGAGGGCAGGAUAAGGACGAGGGCAGAGUGCAGGAUAAGGACGAGGACAGAGGGCAGGAUAAGGACGAGGACAGAGUGCAGGAUAAGGACGAGGACAGAGGGCAGGAUAAGGACGAGGACAGAGUGCAGGAUAAGGACGAGGACAGAGGGCAGGAUAAGGACGAGGACAGAGUGCAGGAUAAGGACGAGGACAGAGUGCAGGAUAAGGACGAGGACAGAGUGCAGGAUAAGGAUGAGGACAGAGCGCAGAAUGAGGACAAGGACAGAGCGCAGGAUAAGGACGAGGACAGAGGGCAGGAUAAGGACGAGGACAGAGUGCAGGAUAAGGACGAGGACAGAGUGCAGGAUAAGGACGAGGACAGAGUGCAGGAUAAGGAUGAGGACAGAGCGCAGAAUGAGGACAAGGACAGAGCGCAGGAUAAGGACGAGGACAGAACGCAGGAUAAGGACGAGGACAGAGCGCAGGAUAAGGACGAGGACAGAGGGCAGGAUAAGGACAAGGACAGAGUGCAGGAUAAGGACGAGGACAGAGUGCAGGAUAAGGACGAGGACAGAGUGCAGGAUAAGGACGAGGACAGAGUGCAGGAUAAGGAUGAGGACAGAGCGCAGAAUGAGGACAAGGACAGAGCGCAGAAUGAGGACAAGGACAGAGCGCAGGAUAAGGAUGAGGACAGAGCGCAGAAUGAGGACAAGGACAGAGCGCAGAAUGAGGACAAGGACAGAGCGCAGGAUAAGGACGAGGACAGAGUGCAGGAUAAGGACGAGGACAGAGCGCAGGAUAAGGACGAGGACAGAGGGCAGGAUAAGGAGGAGGACAGAGCGCAGGAUAAGGACGAGGACAGAGUGCAGAAUGAGGACGAGGACAGAGUGCAGGAUAAGGACGAGGACAGAGUGCAGGAUAAGGACGAGGACAGAGUGCAGGAUAAGGACGAGGACAGAGGCCAGGAUAAGGACGAGGACAGAGUGCAGGAUAAGGACGAGGACAGAGUGCAGGGUAAGGACGAGGACAGAACGCAGGAUAAGGACGAGGACAGAACGCAGGAUAAGGACUAG